AUGUCGUUUUUACAACAGGCAAAAGAAAAUAUGGGGGAUAUUUUAAUCCAUUUAGGCGGAAGCUUAAAACAACAGUCAGAUUCCCUCUUGAAUGCUGAAAAUGACAAGUCUGCUAUUGAGGUGUUCCAACGGGGGGCCUCUAAAAUGAGCAACUCGGCUAUGGGUGGAAUGUCGAAUAUGACAAACUCCAGUACUUCGAGCUCUUCUACCGCUUCCUCCACCGGUGCUUCCUGCAAAACCUCCAUGUAUUGGAACUGGUACACCAUUGACGCUUGCUUUAUUACCAAACAUUGGCAUAUACGCAGCAAGGGUAUGUUUGUCGGAAGUAUCUUUGGUAUCAUUUUUAUGAUGAUGGCUCUGGAACUCGUUCAUCGCUUACAGCGUGAAUUCGACCGUUGGUGUAUUCGUCAGUCUCAAAACCGAUCCAACCAUGUAUGCCAUCAUUCUCCCGAAAGCUCCUUCGUUAGUUCUUCUUCCCAUGAUUUGAGCUGGUUCACCCGUGUUUGUUUCCAUUUUAUACGCUCAUGUCUCUAUAUUAUCCAGUUCAUUGUAACUUAUAUUGCCAUGCUUCUGGCCAUGUACUAUAAUGGCUAUGUGAUAUUGUUUCUAUUUUGUGGUACCUUUUUGGGCUUCUUUUUGUUUGCUGCAGACACCGUAACUCCCAACGAGCCAAUGUCCAAUCCCCAAAUCAACAAAAUAGUCCAUGUAUCUGAUGAAAAGGAUCUUGGCUUUAAAACAGACAGCCAACCUUCUGACGCCUAA